AUUUACUGUUAGGGAAACUGUCCACGUUUCCGGUAUUCUUGUUGCUAAACCUGGCAAUUUGACGCAAGUCCCCAGUGUGUGACUUCUGACACUCCUCUCUCAGCAUGGAAAACACACCUCAGUCCAGGCUUUACCCCUAGAGAAACUUCACACAAUUUAAACUUCGGAUUAUGGAUUCCUCUACAAACAGUUUGGAUGACGUGUCUGCAGACAGCAGCGCUGAGUUCCCAGACCGAGCUUCCAUGAUGGAGGUGCGUCUGCAGGCACAGGAGGAUGAGAUCACUCUGCUGAAAUCCUCACUGGCUGAUGCCCUUCGCAGGAUCCGCCUCCAUGAUCAGCUCUUACCAUUACUGAAACAGCAGCUGAUUGCAGUGAACCCAGGUGCUGCACGAGUGCUGAACCAAGUGUGUUGCUCAGAUGGUUGCACCAGCAGCAGAAAACUGUCCUCCAGCUCAGCCGUCGACGGGAUCCGCCACCCUGCUACCAGCCAACUGUCAGACAGCAUCGUGACCAAUGCGAAUGGCCACAUAGGGAGCCCAGUGUCGAUGAAGCCAAGACCAGCAACACUGGACAGGUCAACCCAGACAGAUCCCACCCUCCCAGGGCAGAACACUGGGCAAGACAGGGUCCCUCUGCCCAGGCGGGUCCAGAGCCUGCACCUGGAGGACGCCCUCCCACCAGGGGAGCCUGUGGUCGAGGGGACGCGGGCCAAGCUCUACCGUGUCCCUGGCUUGGAAGAGGAGGAUGAGGAGCAGGAGGAAGAUGAAGAAGGAGGAGGAGAAAAGGAGUUGAGUUGGACAUCAUCAGUGGAGGAGCCCAUUCAGCCUACCACCAUCAGAGGCCUCCAGAGGGAGGACUUCCAGGAUGGAAGCUGCUCUCCCGAAGAGCCGGGCUCUGCCUCAACCUCAGUCAGAACCUCAGACCAGAACCUCAGCUCCCGCUCCGGACCGCUGUCCCCCAUCCAGGAAGGAGAGAAGAAACCGCUGGUUCGUAGGAACAGCGAGAAACUGGGGAACCCGGAGAGGCAGAGGAAACGUUUGGACAAGAAGGCGGCGUCCUCAACCAACCUCCUCACCCGCUCACCCAGCCUGGAGAACCGGGCUAAGGAGCUGAUCGCCAGUGCAGGAUCCCCCGGGUCCAGAAGAGGAACCUACAGCCAAGGACAGUCUAUCAAAAUGUUCAUCCGAGGCCGGCCGAUAACCAUGUACAUACCCUCUAACAUCCAGAACUACGAAGACCUGAAGAUGGAGCCGCCCUCUGAGAGACUGGAGCUGGACUGGGUCUAUGGUUACCGGGGACGGGACUGCCGGGCCAACCUGUACUUCCUUCCAACGGGCGAGGCAGUGUACUUCAUCGCCUGUGUUGUUGUGCUUUACCACAUCAACAACCGCACACAACGCCACUAUAGCAAACACACAGAUUGUGUCCGCUGUCUUACCCUCCAUCCUGACAAGGUGCGAGUGGCAUCUGGCCAGACAGCAGGGGUGGAUAAAGACGGCAAGCCCCUGCAGCCUUGUGUUCAUAUCUGGGACUCCACUACCCUGGUCACCCUGCAGCAGAUCGGCCUGGGAACUUUCCAGAGGGGAGUGGGAUCAGUUGCAUUUUCCUUUGCUGAUUCUGGAGCGUUCCUAUGUGUGAUCGAUGACUCUAAUGAGCACAUGCUUUCAAUAUGGGACUGCAAGGGGACCAAGCAUGCAGAGGUCAAGAGCACCAACGAGGCUGUGUUUGCUGUAGAGUUUAACCCUAGCGACAGCACCAACAUCAUCACCUGUGGUAAAUCCCACGUGUACUUCUGGACGCUCAGUGCAGGACAGUUCACCAAGAAACAAGGCAUCUUUGGAAAAUACAAGAAGCCCAAGUUCAUCCAGUGCUUUGUGUUCAGUCUGACUGGAGAUGUUCUGACCGGAGACUCUGAAGGAAACAUCCUGACUUGGGGAAAAUCAGCUGCAGAUGUCAAAACGCUUGGCAAAGGAGCCAAAGAGACCUUCCAGAUCAUGCGACAGACCAGAGCCCAUGAAGGCAGUGUGUUCACCCUGUGCACCCUGCAGGGCGGGGCUCUGCUCAGUGGAGGAGGGAAAGACCGUAAAAUCAUCCGCUGGAGCGCUGACCUGGCACCUGAGAGAGAGUGUGAGAUUCUAGAAAAAUAUGGGGCAGUCCGUACCAUUGCAGAUGUGGAUGGGGAGGAACUAUUAGUUGGUACAACCCGUAAUGCCAUCCUCAGAGGCACCUUCUCAGAUGGAUUUGUGGCCAUAGUACAGGGCCAUGUAGAUGAGAUGUGGGGGCUGGCUACACACCCCUCUCAGAACAUCUUCCUCACCUGUGGUCACGACAGGCAAGUCUGUUUGUGGAACACAGAGGAACACAAGCUGGACUGGUGCAUCACCCUGGAGGAGUAUGGGUUGUGUGCUGGUUUCUGCCCUAAUGGAUCAGUGGUUUCAGUCGGCCUCAGCACAGGAAGGUGGAUGGUCCUUGACCUGGUGACCAGAGAGGUGGUCUCUGAGUCCACCGAUGGGAACGAGCAGCUGUCUGUCAUGAGAUACUCACCAGAUGGCAGCUUUUUAGCAGUUGGAUCCCAUGACAACUUCAUCUACAUCUACAAUGUGACUGAGAGCGGCCGACGUUACACCCGCUUCGGGAAAUGUAAUGGUCACUCUAGCUUCAUAACUCACCUGGAUUGGUCCAAAGAUGGAAAGUACAUUAUGUCUAAUUCAGGCGACUAUGAGAUCCUUUACUGGGACAUAGCAGCAGGGUGUAAACUGUUGAGGAAUCGCUUUGAGAGUAAAGACAGAGAAUGGGCCUCCUAUACCUGUGUGCUGGGCUUCCAUGUCAUGGGUGUGUGGCUGGAGGGCUCUGACGGCACAGACAUCAACGCCCUGUGUCGCUGACGACUCACAGUCCAGACCCCUGUCCUAAACCUAAGGUGGCUGUGGCUGAAAACCCUCCUGACUUCUGUAAGAGCAAAAGUCCACCUCUUCCAGUACCCCUGUCCUAAACCUAAGGCACCGAGCCACAAGUACGAGGGCCACGGCAGCCACGUCACCAACGUGUGCUUCACCCACAGCGACUCCCACCUCCUCUCCAUGGGUGGGAAGGACACCUGCAUCCUUCAGUGGAGGGUGAUGGGAGGCGGGGUGGGCGACGGCAGGGAGAGACUGGCCUCGGCCUCGUCCACUUCCACCAGCUCUCCAGAACCUGCCACCAGCUAGGAAGGACACCUGUUAUUAACUGUGACAGAGGGGGGACUGUUCAUACACAGCCAGAGAGGCAUGUUAGUCAUUGGCCAGCAGCCACAGUUAUCGGCUCAGACAAUCCUCUGCGGUGCCACUGCUGCGUCAGUUUCAUACAGAACAUGUAGAGGAAUCCUCUCCAGGACGAAUGUCCAUAUUAAAUUUACACUUACACACCUCCAUAAUCAUGUAAAUCCUUCUGAAACUGGACAGUGUGAUCCUUCCCUUAACACAGAGUCUUUGUCAUUCUGUUGGAUAUGUGGUGAGGAUCGUUAGAGGUGGUCAUGUAUGUUUGGUGGUACACAACAUGACUUGACUUCUUUGGUGACCAAGAUGUUGGUUUCAGUGAACAUUCCUGUGUUUUAGUCCAUCUUGUUUAUCAAACUUACCAAAGUGCUGCAUCGUGGUGUGCGCCAUCUAGUCUAUAAAGACUUUUUCAUAAUGUUUUAACAUAUUUUGAAUAUUUUAGCAGUGUUUGGUAGACAUCUCAGCUAAUAAUGAAGCUGUUUUUAUGCUUGCUUUAGACAGACUGUGACAAACCUGUUCCAAUGACAUCAACUCUCAGCAUUUCUGACUAAUUAACUUCUCUAACAGUAGAUCAGUACAUGAUUACUUUACAGUUUUAUAUAUUUAAGAGAAUAUUGGGAAUGCGGUGAUGUUGUUCCUGUCAAGCUCCCAAUAAAUAACUGAAGACUGGAAAGUG